AUGGAUGAGGCAGAGCAGGACCAGCAUGAGGCCCGACUCAAGGAGCUGUUCGACAGUUUUGACACGACGGGCACCGGGUCCCUGGGACAGGAGGAGCUCACCGACCUCUGCCACAUGUUGAGCUUGGAGGAGGUGGCCCCGGUGCUGCAGGAGACGCUGCUUCAGGACAACCUCCUGGGCCGGGUGCAUUUUGACCAGUUUAAGGAAGCAUUAAUACUUAUCUUGUCUAGAACUCUAUCAAAUGAAGAGCACUUUCAAGAACCAGACUGCACUCUCGAAGCUCAGCCCAAAUAUGUUAGAGGUGGGAAGCGUUAUGGACGCAGAUCUUUACCUGAAUUUCAAGAAUCCGUGGAGGAGUUUGCAGAGGUGACCGUCAUUGAGCCACUCGAUGAAGAAGCACAGCCUUCACACAUCCCAGCCAGUGAGCGCAGUGAGCACUGGAAGACACAGCGCAGCGAGGAGUAUGAAGCGGAAGGCCAGUUAAGAUUUUGGAACCCAGAUGAUUUGAAAGCCUCACAGAGUGGGUCUUUGGCUCCCCAAGACUGGAUAGAAGAGAAACUGCAGGAGGUUUGUGAAGAUUUGGGGAUCACUCGUGAUGGUCACCUAAACCGAAAGAAGCUGGUCUCCAUCUGCGAGCAGUAUGGUUUGCAGAAUGUCGAUGGAGAGAUGCUUGAAGAAGUCUUCCAUAAUCUUGAUCCUGAUGGUAUGAUGAGUGUAGAAGAUUUUUUCUAUGGCUUGUUCAAAAAUGGAAAACCUCUUACACCAUCAGCAUCUACCCCAUAUAGACAAUUGAAAAGGCACAUCUCCAUGCAGUCUUUUGAUGAGAGUGGACGCCGGACCACCACCCCAUCUGCGAUGAUGAGUACCAUUGGUUUCCGGGUCUUCUCCUGCCUGGAUGAUGGGAUGGGCUAUGCAUCAGUGGAGAGAAUACUUGACACCUGGCAGGAAGAAGGCAUUGAGAACAGCCAGGAGAUCCUGAAGGCCUUGGAUUUUAGCCUGGAUGGAAAUGUCAACUUGACAGAGUUGACACUGGCUCUUGAAAACGAACUUUUGGUCACCAAGAACAGCAUUCACCAGGCAGCUCUGGCCAGUUUUAAGGCUGAGAUUCGGCAUUUGCUGGAGAGAGUUGAUCAGAUGCUCAGAGAAAAAGAGAAGCUACGGUCUGAUCUGGACAAAGCUGAGAAGCUGAAGUCUCUAAUGGCCUCAGAGGUGGAUGAUCACCACGCAGCCAUAGAGCGGCGGAAUGAGUACAACCUCAGGAAACUGGAUGAAGAGUACAAGGAGCGAAUAGCAGCCUUAAAGAAUGAGUUUCGAAAGGAGAGAGAGCAGAUCCUGCAGCAGGUGGGCAAGCAGCGUUUGGAACUUGAGCAAGAAAUCGAAAAGGCAAAAACAGAAGAGAAUUACAUCCGGGACCGCCUCGCACUCUCUUUGAAGGAAAACAGUCGUCUAGAAAAUGAGCUUCUGGAGAAUGCAGAGAAGUUGGCAGAGUAUGAGAGUCUGACAAACAAACUUCAGCGAAAUUUGGAAAAUGUUUUGGCAGAAAAGUUUGGUGACCUUGAUCCCAGCAGUGCUGAAUUCUUCCUGCAAGAAGAAAGGCUGACACAGAUGAGAAAUGAAUAUGAGCAGCAGUGCCGGCUAUUACAAGACCAAGUAGACGAACUCCAGUCUGAACUGCAAGAAUAUCGUACACAAGGCAAAGUAUUCAGGCUUCCCUUGAAGAACUCACUGUCAGAAGAGCUUGAUGUUAACAGUGGUUGCAUCGAGCCUGACCAGGGGCUUGGUUCUGAAGAAUGCAAUCCACUGAAUAUGAGCAUUGAGGCAGAGCUGGUCAUCGAGCAGAUGAAAGAACAACAUCACAGGGACUUGUGUCACCUAAGACUGGAGCUUGAAGAUAAAGUGAACUAUUAUGAAAAGCAGCUAGAUGAAACCAAAGUUGCCUUUGAAAAGGAGCAGGAGAACAUGAAGCUCAAGUGUGAGAAUGAAGUACACAUCUUAGAAGAACAAAUAAGUGACCUUAAAAAUAAAAUUGCAGAACUUCAGGGCCAGACAGAAGUACUCAAGGAGGCACACCACAUGGCUAUCUGCAGACAUGAGGAGGAGAAAAAACAGCUGCAGAUGAAGUGGGCUGAGGAAAAGACUCACGUGCAGGAGGAGCUGCGGCUGGAACAUGAGAUGGCCCUCAGGGCUAGGCUGGAGCAGCUGGAGGAAGGCUUUAACAGAGAGAGGGAAAAACUUGUUCAAAAUGGCGCCUGGACAGAGGAGAAGGUGAGGGGCUUGACUCAGAAACUAGAACAAGCUCACCAGGAGCAGCUGAAAAGCCUGGUGGAGAAACACAUUCUUGAGAAAGAGGAAUUGCAAAAAGAGCUCUUGGAAAAACACCAAAGGGAACUACAUGAGGGAAGGGAAAAAAUGGAAACUGAGUGUAAUAGAAGAACCUCUCAGAUAGAAGCCCAGUUUCAGGCUGACUGUCAGAAAGUCACUGAGAGAUAUGAACACGCCCUGCGGAGUCUGGAGGCGCACUACCGCCAACAGCUGAAGGAGCUCCUGGACCAGCAAUGUGAGGAGAGGUCCCAGUGGGAGUUCGAGAAGGACGAGCUCGCCCAGGAGUGUGCGGAGGCCCAAGAGCAGCUCAGAGAGACUCUGCAGAGGGAGAAAGCAACCUCUUUGGCCCUCACCCAGGAGAGAGAGAUGCUGGAGAAAACAUACAAGGAGCAUUUGAAUAGUAUGGUUGUUGAGAGAGAGCAGCUGCUACAGGACCUGGAAGAUCUGAGAAACGUGUCUGAAAGUCAGCAAAGUCUCCUGUCCAACCAGAUACUUGAGCUGAAGAGCAGUCACGGAAGAGAGCUGAAGGACCGCGAGCAGGUCCCGUGCCAGGCAGGCACCUCAGAGCAGCUGGCCAGCCAGAGGCUUGAACGGCUGCAAAGGGAACAUGACCAGGAGACGCAGGAAAUGAUGUCCAAGCUUCUGGUCCUGGAGAGUGUCCACAGAGCAACCUGUGAGAAAGCAGAUCGAGAGAGGGCUGAGAUGAGCACAGAAAUCUCCAGGCUCCAGAAUAAAAUCAAGGAGAUGGAGCAGGUAGUGUCUCCUCCCUCCAGGCUUCAGAAUAGCUGUCAGGUGAUAGGAGGGGAGGAGGCAGAAGAAAAUGGCGCCAUGUCCCUGCUUCAGCAAGGAGAACAGCUGUUGGAAGAGAAUGGAGAUGUUCUCUUAAGCCUGCAAAGAGCCCAUGAACGAGCCGUGAAGGAAAAUGUGAAAAUGGCAACUGAAAUUUCUAGGUUGCAGCAGAGGCUGCAAAAAUUAGAACCAGAGUCAAUAAUGUCUUCUUGUUUAGAUGAACCAGCUACUGGGCUCUUUGGAAAUUCAGUGGAACAAACAGAGCCAUUUUUACAGCCAAACCGAAUCAAACAAGCAGAAGGUGGAACGACGCAGCGUAUUCUCAAUGACCUACAAGGCGAUGAGGUCCGUGACCUCGAAAGUACAGGGGCGAGCUCUGGUCAGAGACAGGUCAGAGUAGAGGAGUCUGAAGCAUCACUAGAGAGUUUUUCCGAGCUUGAAAAUAGUGAGGAGACCAGAACUGAAACCUGGGACCUGAAGAACCAGGUCGGCCAGCUUCGGGAACAGUUAAUGAUCUUACGUGCAGACUGCGAUCGAGCGUCUGAAAAGAAACAGGACCUACUGUUUGAUGUUUCUGUGCUAAAAAAGAAACUGAAGAUGCUUGAAAGAAUUCCUGAAGCUUCCUCCAAGUAUAAACUAUUAUACGAAGAUGCCAGUAGAGAAAAUGAAUGUCUUCAGGAAGAGCUGAGGAUGAUGGAGACACGCUACGACGAAGCACUGGAAAGUAACAAAGAGCUCACUUCAGAAAUGUUCAGAUUACAGGAUGAGCUAAAGAAGGUUGAAGAAAUGACUGACACAUUCCUUAGCCUGGAAAAGAGUUACAAUGAGAUCAAAAGAGAAAACAAGGAACUGAAUGUUCUGGUUUUGAGACUUCAAGGCAAGAUUGAGAAGCUACGAGAAAGAGCAGCACUGCAGUGUGACUGCUUCUCCUUAUGGGAAGCCCAUUUGGAUAACCUGGAAGUCGGACCUGAUGAAAAGGUCUGUGAACGAAACCAAACACUGGAUGAGCAUGUACCAAAUGUUAUGAGUGUGCACCGUACUAUAGAAGAACAUUUGUAUCAAGAAAACCAGUACCUAGAACAGGAGAAUACACAGCUCUUAGAGAAAGUAAAAGCAUAUGGAAUCACCUGGCUACAUGGAACACUCCAGACACAUCGAGACAAGCCUGGAGCACAGAACCGAGUUAUACUGGAGGAAAACACUGCUCUCCUCGGCCUUCAAGACAAGCAUUUUCAGCACCAGGCCACCAUCGCAGAGUUAGAACGGGAGAAAAAAAAGCUGCAGGAGCUGACUAGAAAGUUGAGGGAAAGAGUCACUGCUUUAGUCAAGCAAAAAGAUGUACCUUCUCAAGGAGAAAAGGAGGAAGAGCUGAAGGCAAUGAUGCAUGACCUGCAAAUCACAUGCAGUGAGAUGCAACAGAAAGUUGAGCUUCUGAGAUAUGAAUCUGAGAAGCUUCAAGAGGAAAAUUCUAUUUUGAGAAAUGAAAUUACUACUUUAAAUGAAGAAGACAGCAUUUCUAACCUGAAAUUAGGGAAAUUAAGUGGAUCUCAGGAAGAAAUGUGGCAAAAAAUAGAAACUGUACAACAGGAAAAAGCUGCAGUUCAGAAAAUGGUUGAAAAUUUAAAGAAACAGAUUUCAGAAUUAAAAACCAAAAACCAACAGUUGGAUUUGGAAAAUAUGGAGCUUAGCCAAAAGAAUUCUCAGAAUCAUAAAGAGCUGCAAGAACUUAAUCAAUGUCUGGCAGAAAUGCUAAGCCAGAAGGACAAAGAGCCAGGACACAGUGCAUGUGAGGAAUGGGAACAAGAAAAGUCUAAUCUCAAAGAAGAACUGGAACACUGUAAAUUGCAGUCUUCCUCUUUAGUGUCUUCUUUGGAGGCAGAACUUUCUGAAGUUAAAAUACAGACUCACAUUGUGGAACAGGAAAACCUCCUUCUUAAAGAUGAAUUGGAGAAAAUUAAACAACUCUGCAGAUGUCCUGAUCUCUCUGACUUCCAGCAAAAAAUUUCUAGUAUUCUAAGUCACAAUGAAAAACUGCUGAAAGAAAAGGAAGCUCUAAGUGAAGAAUUAAAUAUCUGUGUUGAUAAGUUGGCAAAGUCAAGUCUUUUAGAGCACAGAAUUGCUACUAUGAAGCAAGAACAGAAGUCUUGGGAACACCAGAGUGAAAGCUUAAAGUCACAACUAGUGGCUUCACAGGAAAAGGUUCAGAACUUAGAAGACACCCUUCAGAAUGUAAACCUACAAAUGUCCCGAAUUAAAUCUGAUCUACAGGUGACUCAGCAGGAAAAGGAGGCUUUAAAGCAAGAAGUGAUGUCUCUACACAAGCAACUUCAGAAUGCCAGUGACAAGAACUGGGCCCCAGAAAUAGGCACCCAUCCAUCAGGAUUCCAUAACCAACAGCAAAGUCUGUCCUGGGACAAGCUGGAUCACCUGAUGAAUGAGGAACAACAGUUACUUUGGCGAGAGAAUGACAGAGUCCCAACCAUGGUACAGAACACCAAACCGGAACUCAUACUCUCCCGGGAGAAGGUCCGUCAGCUAGAAUCCAACCUUCCUUCUCCUAAGCACCAAAAACAUCUAAACUCAGGCACUGUGAAGCCCACAGAGCAGGAGAAGUUGAGCUUAAAGAGAGAAUGUGAACAGUUUCAAAAGGAGCGAUCUCCUGCGAAUAGGAAGGUUAGUCAGAUAAAAUCCCUUGAACGAGAAUUAGAAACAAUUCAUCUGGAAAAUGAAGGCCUGAAAAAGAAACAAGUAAAACUGGAUGAACAGCUAAUGGAGAUGCAGCACCUGAGGUCCACUAUGAUGCUUAGCCCAUCCCCUCAUGCUUGGGAACUGCAACUGCUCCAGCAGCAGGCCUGUCCAGUGGUUCCCAGGGAGCAUUUUCUGCAGCUUCAACACCAGCUGCUGCAGGCAGAAAGGAUAAACCAGUGCCUGCAGGAGGAACUUGAAAAUAGGACUUCUGAAACCAACACACCACAGGGAAACCAGGAAUACCUGGUAACUGUCAUGGAGGAACGAAUGUUGGAAGUUGAACAGAAAUUGAAACUGGUGAAAAGGCUUCUUCAGGAGAAAGUGAAUCAGCUCAAAGAACAACUCUGCAAGAAUACCAAAGCAGAUGCAAUAGUGAAGGAUUUGUAUGUGGAAAAUGCCCAGUUGUUGAAAGCUCUGGAAAUGACUGAACAGCGACAAAAAACAGCAGAGAAGAAAAAUUACCUCCUAGAGGAGAAGAUUGCCAGCCUCAGUAAUAUAGUCAGGAAUCUGACACCAGCACCACUGACUUCUACACCUCCCUUGAGGUCAUAA